AUGGGUUCAACAGAAGGGAAAAUUAAUCACGCAAAAGAAAUAACGAUAACAGCAGGAACUACGAACAUGCUUUUACAUACAGCCGUUCACGCUCUAAUACAACAAUUCUUGCAAAAAAUGCCAGUAGGAGAGAGUGACAUCAGCUAUCAACAAGAAGAACGAAUUCUAAUGCUCGAUAUGGGAAGAAAAUACUAUUCAAAGGACACUAUUAUAAAACUCAUCGAUAGCAUGUGUCUCGCCCAAUUCAAUUAUCUACAGUUGCACUUUUCGGAAAACGAAGGAUUCCGAAUAGAAUGCAACACUGCACCAGAAGUUGUUUCUGACGAAUAUUUAACAAAGGACGAAGUAAGAGAAAUUGUUGCUUACGCACGUCGUUCGUGCAUCGAAAUUAUUCCAGAUUUUGACAGCCCUGGACACUUGAAACAAAUUUUGAAAAACUAUCCAAAAUGGCAACUAAAGAAACAAAUGCGCAAUGGAGAACUAAAAAAUGAUGAAAGUGCUCUAAACAUUUGCGACCCACAAGCGGUUGAAUUUAUUUUGUCGAUUUAUGAAGAAUUCGCCGAACUGUUUGCAGAAAGUACAUAUUUCCAUAUUGGCGGAGAUGAAUUUGUUAAUUUUGAUGAAAUUGGAUUGUACCCUGAGUUAAGUAUAGCUGCUAAGGAGAAAUUCGGGGAAUCUGCCGGGGCUAUUGAUUGUUUUGUGGACUAUGUAAACCAGGUGAGUGAAAAAAUUAGUAGUUGGGGAUUUGUUCCCAGAGUGUGGAACGACGGUUUCUUCCGCUUUAAUUGGAAUGAGCAGGUAAAACUUUCUGAAGCAGUUGAGAUCACCUAUUGGACGAAAUGGAAUAAAAAUAUGGCACCACUCACUACUUUUGUUGAGAAAGGAUUUCCGAUCGUUAAUUUUAAUGACAGUUACUUUUAUUACGUGUUGGGAGAGAAUGCUGGUUAUACUUAUCCAACUUAUGAUAAAAUUGCUGAUUAUUGGGAACCAUCACAAUACGCGUACGGGCAGCAAAUAGCCGAGUUCACGCCACAAUUUCCUGGUGUAGCUCUGGCGAUCUGGAGUGACGUUCCCGAAGCUAAAUCGGAGGCAGCAGUUUGGAAAGAUGUGUCCUAUUUACUGUUCGCAAUGGUGCAGAAACUUACACGCAAUGUUUUCAUGAAGAAAGAGGAUAUUGAGCAAAUCAUGAGUGCCUUUUUUCGUAUUUAA